AGAAGAGCAGGUGUUCCACCACUUUCGUCCUGAACAUCCGCCACAAUUCUUCUGCUCCACUGGUUCUCGCCCUAUAACUCAACCUUGCAGCGCUGCGAUUCGAAAAUUGAUUCAGAGUCGAAAAUAAUAGCGCACGAGUUUUAUUCUCGUAGAUGAUAUUCAUCAUUUGGAGGAUUAAAAAUCACUUGCGAUAUCCAGUUUUAUUCCUCCAAAUUGUACUGCAGUUUCGGAAAAUAAACAGGAUAUACAUAUAGAAUAAUAAAGGAGGAAGGAAAGGAAAAACAGAAUGGCAAACGCUACGUAUGGUACGACGCAGAAAUGUAAAGCCUGCGAUAAAACUGUGUAUUUUGCGGAGAUGGUGUCCGCGGACGGAGUGGCGUAUCACAAUACAUGCUUCAGAUGCACCACUUGUAACGGUCGUCUCGCGUUGAGCAAUUAUUGGAGUGUGGAUGGGAAAUUGUACUGCAAGCCUCACUUUGAGCAGCUCUACAAGGAAACUGGAAGCUUCUCCUCCAAAAAGUUGCAGACAACUGGAAUGCAAGGGCAAUUGACUAGGACUCCUAGCAAAAUGUCCUCCUUUUUCUGUGGCACCCAGGACAAAUGCCAGGUCUGCAACAAGACUGUUUAUCCUCUGGAAAAGGUGACAAUGGAGGGUGAAUUCUACCACAAGUCAUGUUUCAGGUGCGCCCACGGCGGCUGCCACCUAACGACUUCUUCCUACGCUGCCCUAGACGGCGUCCUCUACUGCAAGCCCCACUUUGCUCAGCUAUUCAAGCAGAAGGGGAGCUAUUCUCACCUCACUAAAACUAUGAGUCUCAAAAGAAGCGUCUCUUCGCCGGAAAUGGAGCCGCCGUCCGACGGCUCACCGAUGCCGCCGGAGACUGAUGAGGCGGCGGUGUCUCAGGAGAUGUAG